UUCUAUUACGACACAUACUCUUUGAUGCUUGAUUUAUGAAUCAUUUCAUGACAUGUUUGCAGACUGCGUGCAGGAAUGUGGUUUCAUUUAGUGACGGGAUACCAGGAAAAAGUGCAGGUAUACCGUAUUUCUACUUGACAACACUUGAUCCCACCGCAGCAAAUGCUUUGAAGGACCAAAGAUCCUCAUUCACAAUCAGUGAAUACCCUAACGGGACUUGUGGAGAAACAGAUCCUGAAAACCCUACUUAUGCAAAAGUUACACUCACAGGAAAGUUAAAACUGGUUGAUGCAGACUCCGAAGAAGCAAGAUUCGCUGUACGUAUAUGGAAUCUUCAAUUCUUUAGUUUGUUAGAUGGAUUCUUUGAUCAACAACAAGGUGACUACGGUCCAAUGCCUAAGUAG